CUGGGCUGCUGAAAACUAAAGGAAACUGUAGCUCUGCUGUCAGGCUUCAUUGUUUUCCAGUCGUCUGGCUGCACCUGUUGUGUCUAAAAAUGGACCCAUCCAAGGAGGUAGCUGCCUCUGAGAAGGAACAGAAGCCAGCAGGGAAGGAGAGUGAAGAGACGUCCAGCGAACCGUCCAGCACCUCUUAUGGAAUGUUGACCCCGUCUGGAGAGAAGUGUCGUAGUCUGGAGACUGUGAUCUCUAGGCUGCAGAUGCUGAAUGUGGGAAAGAAAACAUUGGAUAUUCCAGCUCUGCUGCUGACCACUCUGGAGGAGAUGAACCCAUAUGAGUUGAGGAGAUUCCAGUUUUACCAGUCUAGUGGCUGGAUGUUAGCUUUCCUCCCAUCCCAGAGAGUCAGCUGGAGAACACUGACAGACAGAACACAGUGGAUCAGAUGGUGAAGAGUUACGGCCCUGAGAGAGCUGUGAGGAUCACACUGAAGAUCCUGAGGAGGAUUAAUCUGGAUGAUCUGGCAGAGAAGUUAGAGAGAGAUCACACUGGAGUUCUACUGCUGACCAGUCUGCAAGAGCUCACUGAAGAUCAGCUGAAGAAAUUUCAGUCUUGUGGCAGGAUAUUUGGCUUUCCUCCCAUCCCAAAGAGCCAGCUGGAGAACACUGACAGACAGGACACAGUGGAUCAGAUGGUGAAGAGAUACGGCCUUGAGGGAGCUGUGAGAAACACAUGGAGGAUCCUGUGGAGGAUGAAUCUGGAUGAUCUGGCAGAGAAGUUACAGAGAGAUCACACUAGAGCAACAACAUGGAGGAGAGACUCAUCAGACAGUGAUAAAUGGAGAAGGAGGAAGGAGGGUCUAGUAAUGAGGAGACCCUCCAUGAUGGAUGUUCCAGCUCUGCUGCUGACCUGUCUGGAGGAGCUCACUGAAGAACAGCUGAAGACAUUUCAGUUUUACCUGUCUAGUGUCCAGCUGCUUGGCCUUCCUCCCAUCCCAGAGAGACAGCUGGAGAACACUGACAGACAGGUCACAGUGGAUCAGAUGGUGAAGAGAUACGACCCUGAGGGAGCUGUGAUCAUCACACUGAGGAUCCUGAGGAGGAUGAAUCUGGAUGAUCUGGCAGAGAAGUUAGAGAGAUAUCACACUAGAGUUCUACAAGAGCUCACUGAAGAUCAGCUGAAGAAAUUUCAGUCUAGUGGCAGGACAUGUGUCUUUCCUCCCAUCCCAAAGAGUCAGCUGGAGAACACUGACAGACAGGACACAGUGGGUCAGAUGGUGAAGACAUACGGCCCUGAGAGAGCUGUGAGAAACACACUGAAGAUCCUGUGGAGGAUAAAGCAACAUGAUGUAGCACAGAAGUUAGAGAGAGAUCACACUAGAGCAACAACAUGGUGGAGAGACUCAUCAGACAGUGAUAAAUGGAGAAGGAGGAAGGAGGGUCUAGUAAUGGGGAGACCCUCAAUGACACAUCCUGUUCCAGCUCUGCUGCUGACCACUCUGGAGGAGCUCACUGAAGAACAGCUGAAGACAUUUCAGUCUCACCUGACUAUUGGCAGGAUGUUAGACUUUCCUCCCAUCCCAGAGAGACAGCUGGAGAACACUGACAGACAGAACACAGUGGAUCAGAUGGUGAAGAGAUACGGCCCAGAGGGAGCUGUGAGGAACAUAUGGAGGAUCCUGAGGAGGAUGAAUCUGGAUGAUCUGGCAGAGAAGUUAGAGAGAGAUCACACUAGAGAACCCAAUGAUCCCAUCUUAGGACAGGCCUUGCCGAUAUCACCCAGCCCUGUGUCUCGCUCUCCCAGUUGUUCCUCAUCAGACACUGUACCAAGUGAAGAAGAGAGAGAACACGUUUUACCAGCUCAAAGAGUAGUGGCUGACACCGAGAUGGAGGAGUUAAACUGCAAGGAGACAACUCCAACAGUCCAAUCAGCUGAAGAUCCAGUCUCCAACAGUCUGACUCCAACAGUCCAAUCAGCUGAAGAUCCAGUCUCCAACAGUCUGACUCCAACAGUCCAAUCAGCUGAAGAUCCAGGGCCCUCAUACAGUUAUAAUGUGUUAAACCUCACCUCGAGUUGGCAGCCAUCGCUGGAACUUUGUAAUGAAUUUACUCCAAACAUCUUGGAUCAUGAGGGCAACGGAACUUACCGGUUCCAGUGCCCCAGUGCAGGUCUGUUCCAGUGCAGUAUAACAGGCCUGGUGUUCAGGAUGGAGGGAGAGGCAGAGGUGCUCUAUAGGACAGUCCACUGGGACAGGAGGCUUCUAUCCCAGAGAGGCAAGAGGCCUGCAGGACCCCUGUUCAUGUUUACAUGCCUUAAGGGGUCUGUCUGUCAACUACACCUUCCACACUGUGAGAUUCAUUCUGAGGGUGGAUGUGACUUCCUGUCUGUAGCCCAUGUGACUGAUGAUGACAGUAUGGAGUUUCUCCAUCACCAUGAGACAACAGAAUCUCACGUCAUAUUAAACAUCACUGGAUUCAGCAAAUAUGGCAUCACCAAGGAUAAGGAAGCUCCUGUCUCUCCUAUCCGUGCUCUGGUGCUACUAUUUUACAAACUCCCAGAUGAUAAGAAUAGUUCCACCCUAAAUGUGUUGUUGCUGCCCAGAAAUGUUGACAUUGAUGAGGUGUGUAAGACCAGGAGGACAAGGAAUGGAGACAGAGAAAUCUACAUUGAAGUAAAUCCUAACUGUAGACUAAUCCCGGACCAAGAAUACACCCUCUCCACCGAUCUAACAGAUGAACAUCACAUAGAUCCAAAGGAAGCAGAGUUUGUGGAUUAUGAUUCCUAUACAAACUACAUGCCGACAUUUCAGUUGCGUUUAAAAACUGUUGUUGAAGAAGUGAAUCUUCUUCUGGAAGAACAUGGCGGUCCUGAAAAUGAACGUGUAUGGAACCGCCUUGUUUCACUACCAGCUCCUGUCCAGGUCCAACCCCACGGGCCUGUUACACCAGUACCAGCAGCUCCUGUCAGGGUCCAACCCCACGGGCCUGUUACACCAGUACCAGCAGCUCCUGUCCAGUUCCAACCCCACGGGCCUGUUAUACCAGUACCAGCAGCUCCUGUCAGGGUCCAGCCUCAUAGGCCUGCAGCUCCUACUGCUGCUGUUCGUCCAUCUGUCCGUGAAGAUCAACCAGACUUGAGAUGAUCAAAUCAGUGGCUUCCAUAUAGACAUGUAGUGAAAAGUGUUUAUCUAAAGCAGGAGCAAUCUGUGAUUUAAAUGGAUGAUAAUGAGAAAUAUUAUUUCAUUGAUUUUCAUUGAUUAUUGAAGAAUAUAACUUACGUGCCUCAUGAGCUUAGUUCAACUGCCAUUCCCCAUCAGAGGCCAACAUAUAACCUUGUUGUAAUCAAUUGUUUGUAAACAAUUGUAAAAAAAUAUAUAUAUAAAAAAAUAAUUAACACUAAGCCUCAGCAUGAACUAUCAUGUUGAUAUUAUGGAUGGUCAGUCCUUGUAUCCAUAGCUCUAUGAAUUAGAGUUGUUAAAGUGGUUUGUUAUUUUUUUGAACCGCAGAUUGACCCUUGAUAUUAUGCCACAUUCAUUAAUGGUCAGAUAAGGGAACUAUUUGUAUAUCUUUGUGUAUAGGAAAGAACUUGCUAGUAAGUGUUUCGCUAUAUCCUUUACACCCGCUGUAUCCUAUGCAUGUAUUUAAUAAAAGUUAUAUUUAAUUGUA